GAGUCGCGAUCCAAAUUAAACAAGGGUACUUAUCUGGCAACACUGUACAGCGUGAAGGUCGCGACCGGUAAAUUAAACUUUAGUUGUGAGUUCGUGAAAUAUCAACCAUGUCUUUUAUCGAAGUUGCAGAAGAUAGUCACUUUCCGAUACAGAACCUACCUUACGGCGUGUUUUCAACUAAGGACAAUGACACCCCACGCAUUGGAGUUGCCAUAGGAGAUCAAAUUCUUUGUCUAUCAGAGAUUGCUCAUUUAUUCGAUGGACCAAACUUGAUUAAGUGUAGACAUGUGUUUGCUGAGAAAACAUUGAAUUCAUUCAUGUCCCUUGGUAUUGCUGCAUGGAGAGAAGCACGAGCAAAACUUCAGUCAUUGCUCAGUUCAGAUAAUCAUCUUUUAAGGGAUAACCAGGAACUCAGAAAGCGAGCAUUCACCCCACAAAAGGAAGCAGUCAUGCAUCUCCCGGUGACUGUUGGUGAUUAUACAGACUUUUACUCAUCCAUACACCAUGCUACUAAUGUUGGAACAAUGUUUAGAGGGAAGGAUAAUGCAUUGAUGCCUAACUGGAAGCACAUCCCUGUUGGUUACCAUGGUCGUGCAUCAUCUGUUGUAGUGUCCGGCACCCCGAUAAGAAGACCUUGUGGACAAACCAAACCCGAGAAUGAACCACCAGUGUUUGGACCUUGUAGGUUAAUGGAUUUCGAACUUGAAAUGGGAUUCUUUGUUGGAAGUGGUAACAAGCUUGGUGAUCGUGUUGAUGUGAAAAAUGCACAAGAUCAUAUAUUUGGAAUGGUGCUGGUUAAUGACUGGUCAGCUCGUGACAUACAGAAAUGGGAAUACGUUCCACUUGGUCCCUUCCUCGGCAAGAACUUUGGCACCACUAUAUCUCCGUGGGUGGUUACAAUGGAUGCUUUGUCUUCCUUUAUUGUUGAAAAUACAAAGCAAGACGUUCAAGUUUUGCCGUAUCUUAAACAUGACGAUAAUUACAACUUUGACAUCAAACUCUCUGUUUCAAUCCAGGGAGAAGGAAUGAAUGAACCAGCUGUUGUGUGUAAUUCAAAUUUCAAGAACAUGUAUUGGACCAUGAAGCAACAAUUGGCUCACCACACAGUGAACGGUUGCAACUCACAAACUGGGGACUUGUAUGGUUCAGGCACCAUCAGUGGUGAGGAUGAAACGAGUUACGGCAGCAUGCUGGAGUUGUGCUGGAAAGGAACUAAAGAAGUUGAUCUUGGUAACGGGAAUAAAAGAAAGUUCCUUAAAGAUGGAGAUAAUGUUGUAAUGUCAGGUUAUUGCCAAGGCAGUGGUUUCAGAGUUGGUUUUGGGACAUGUGAGGGUAAAAUACUUCCAGCAGCUUUGUAGAAUAAGUUCAACUAAUUAAUGUGAUUUUAUAAUUAUUUUUACAACAAUUGUGAUAAAAUCGUGUGAACUGUGAAUUGGAUGCAAAAUACACAACAUUGUAUGCAU